AAAACAGAACAGCACCAGCAGAGAUAAUUUCUCACCCCUGCUUGUUCAAGAAGGGAUGGAGAGCAGCUUUAGUUGCUCAGCUGACCUCUGACGGCACCAUAGUAACUGUAACAUGACAGCAGUGUUUGGUAACGCUCCCCGGUCAGCCCGGGCGAGAAGAAGACUGACUCUCUGGGUCUUUAAUGUGUCUCCAUGGAAACCAACAUCAACAGUGAGGCGAGGUUGUCGUCUGCAGCUGACUGAAAACAACAUAAAAACUGAAGUACAGGGAUGACGUCCAGGCAGACGGCGGCCUCUGAGGCUGCACUGGUUCCUCCGUUUCUGGGCAAACAGAGAUGCAACGUCACUUUUGUCGUGGACAGUUCAGAGAGCAUGAGAGCUGCUCUGGGGUCAGUGAAACGCCUGCUGAUCCAGACCCUGCUGACAAAGGCUUCACUCAGGGACUCUCUCUUCAACAUCAUGACGUUCUCAGGCAAGUUGGCCUGCUGGUCCCACCACAUGCUGCCCUGUGCUCCUGACACAGUGUACAUGGCUCUGUCCUGGAUCCACUCCAUCAGCUGCAGCCCCGGCAGGGACCUCCUGGCCGCCCUGAGUGUGGCCCUCACCGACCCCGCCUGUCACGCCAUCCACCUGCUCUGCACGGACCUCCCCGACCAGCCGGAGGCCGUGCUGGCAGCCCUGCCCGCUCUGGCAGGCGGGAGGCCUGUGAACGUCUUCUACCUGCAGGACUCAGGAGGUCAGCUGGACAGCAACACCAGAGACUACCUGCAGUGUUUGACCCACGCCACAAGAGGGAGCUGUUAUGUGAUUCCAGUUGGUUUGGAUGGCGUGCUGAAGAAGGUGGUUCCUCUGUAUGUGGUGGAGAAUCAAUCAUCAGCAGCAACAAUCUCUCCAGUUAAGUUUUGCUGUCCGUCCACUUCAGUCUUAAUCCCGCACAACGCGUCAUCACCUCUGCUCAGGUGCAGUCUGGGUAAUCCAUGCAUGCUGUCCAAUCAAACCAUGGGCGGUCCAGAGUUCUUCCCAGGAUGCCGAGUGCUGGCCAGGAGGGAGGUGGAUGGCCUCUACUACCUGGGAACUGUAAUACAGCAAGUACAGGGUCGUGGAGGAGUUUGGGUUGUCGAGUUCGACCAUCCAGGAGGUGCUGUCGGUUUGGGUGUCGUCUCCUCCCAGAGGCAGCUGGUUUGCUCUCUCGACAUGGUGAACCACACCAGAGCUCACACACACUUUCGCCUGGUACCUGGUGAUGCUGUGCUGUCGCCAUGGGAACCAGAUCUGAGAAGAUACGGGCCGGGGAGAGUGAUGGUCGCCGCCGAACGCAGAGAUGGUUUUGGAGUUGAUGGAGUUACGAGCGUCCGGGUGCUGAUGUGGAACCGCUCUGUGAUUCUGGUUCCCAGCAGCCUGGUUUGGCCCAUUUCAGCUCCUCAACAUGACAGAAUAGUCCGGGAGCUCCAAACACCGACAUCAGCCUCCAGUCGUUGCUGCAGCUGGCUUUGUGCUCGCAGCUCCUCCUGCUCUCCCCAGAUGUUCCGCACCGACUGCUGUCCGUCUUCAUCGCGCUGCUGCUCAGCCUCAAACUUAUUUCCACCCAGCUACAGGUCCAGCUUCGGGAGAAUGGAUGGAGUAGAAAGGGCAGAGCUGGACAAACAUCUGGACCUCAAAUAUACAGAUGUGAGAAGGAGUGACCCCGAGGUGCCCUCCUCCUCCUCCUCCUCCUCCUCUUCAUCUCUCUCUGAGGAUGAGAGCAAAGCAGUGAUGCUGAGGAGUGAUCAACAGCGUCCUCCCUGGAGAUACUGGAGACAAACUGGUCCAGAGCCACAACACAGACAGCCAGGGAGUUCGGUACCGAGGAGGACAUCGCAAUCUGUGAGGUUCAGCUUCCCUGUUCCUCAGAUCAGUGCCUCGCCCAAUCACAGCUCUCUGUUUCAGUCACUUCCUGGUGCUAAAGGAAGAAGAGCGAACAUCAGAGAUGUUUUUGGAACCACCAGCUUCAAACCUCGACCACCAGCGGGACUGCGGCCUUUCUCUGGCAACAAUGCUACUACUGUUUACACAUAAUAUGUCAGUGUGCCAAUGAAACCUCAACAUUAACAAGAAAUUGAUAAAAAAAACAACACUUUAUUUAUAUACACUCUUGCGGCAUAAGUGCAGGUAAAAAUAUUGUAAAGCGGAUUACAUGAUGUUCUAGGACACAUGAUUUGCAUAAUAAAAUAUAAUAUAAAUAUGGCUUCUCAAUGUGGUGCAAAUAAA